ACAGAGCUCUAAUAAUUAUUAAUUUACCUACGAAAAAUACAUUAUAGCAUUCCUGAACAGAGCUAGUACAAGCAGAGCAUUGCGUGGUGGUCUCCUAUAAAAGUAUUUUCCUCUCACUCCAUCACUACACUGCGCUGCACCACCACCAUAUCCAAAAUAGCUCGGCUCAGCUCAACCUGCCACUGACUCACUGGUGGUCACAGAGCGCACCAUGGCUCCCUUGCUGUUCAAGGACAUGCGAAGCCUGUCGUGCUCGUCGCCGGCGUCCACCGCCAUAUGCCCGAGCCUGGAGCGGCAGCCGAUGGUCCGGCCACACAAGGCCGCCGCCAGCCCGCUUUGCCAGGUUCCCACGGAGCCCAGAACCCACAGGCAAGAUGGCAAUAAGAAGGGGCAGCACCACAAGGCUGUCGUUGAUAAUGGCGAGCUCGUCAGCCCUGCCGGAUCGUCCAGGUACCUGCUGAGCGGCUGUGCCAGCGGCGCCGGUGCCGGGGAGAUCCAGGAGGUGGUGGCGGCGGCGGUUGUCCCUGUCGCCCCGGUUGGUGAUGUCACAAGGCCAAGGGAGGAGCCAGCUGCUGAUGUGAAGAACGCCAACACGGAGGAGCAGGUAGUUGUUCUGAAGGUGUCCCUGCAUUGCAAGGCAUGCGCGGGCAAGGUGAAGAAGCACCUCUCCAAGAUGGAAGGGGUGAGGACGUUCAGCAUCGACUUCGCGGCGAAGAAGGUGACGGUGGUCGGCGACGUGACCCCGCUCGGCGUCCUCACAAGCGUCUCCAAGGUCAAGAACGCCCAGAUCUGGGCGCAGCCGCCGCCGCAGCCCGCCAUCGCCGCCUAGCUGA